AUGAGGGCUCGCACCGAUGGCUUCCGAGAGUUGUGCGUUGGCAUUAAUGCACAUCAACUUGGAGGCCGUAUGCGUUUUGCAAACCACUCGCGCACUGCCAACGCGCGCUUCUUCGAGUUCGCGAAAAGUAGACGCCAUACUGUCGUGGUCGUGACUACGCAAGCAAUCUUCCCCGGACAGUAG